GCUCGCUGCCGCGUCGGGCUCCGGCGGGGGUCGCGCUCCGUAGUCAUGGGUCUUCCGGUGCAAGUCGUUUAUUGUGGAGCUUGAGGCUACAAGUCCAAGUAUCUUCAGCUCAAGAAGAAGUUAGAAGAUGAGUUCCCCGGGUGCCUGGACAUCUGUGGCGAGGGGACUCCUCAGGCCACUGGGUUCUUUGAAGUGAUGGUAGCUGGGAAGUUGGUUCACUCCAAGAAGAGAGGUGAUGGCUACGUGGACACAGAGAGCAAGUUUCUGAAGCUGGUGGCCGCCAUCAAAGCCGCCUUGGCUCGGGCCUAAUGUGGCCUGAAGGCAGAGUCCAGAGACCUUGACCCAGCCCCUCUCGGCAGACGCUUCAUGACAGGAAGGACUGAAAUGUCUUGCGGACGCCUGGUCUUUCCUUGACGUUCCUGCGGCCGCCGUGUUGGGGCAGAGAUCGAUGCCCCUGGUCUUUGCCUGUGUGGGUGUGUGUGUGUGUGUUUCCCCCGGAGUCUCCCUUUCCCCGCUGCCCUGUCCUCUCCUGUCCCCCGAUUUCACCAU